AUGGGAGGUGCUAUCUACAAGGAUGCUCCAGCCAUUAAAUACGAGGAACGCAACAUUUACCUAAACUCUAUUCAAACUCUUGGCAGGUAUUUAACACCAUCCCGCCUUAACUACUCUUGCCUCCCCCCCCAACACAGUAGCUUGCCGGAUAGGCGUUUUUGCGUUAUUUGUUCUCGAUUUUCGGGAGAGCAAAUGCAAGUGCGAGGGGUGCGUGGAGCGAGAGGCAGGAACGCCCGAUUAUUUUGAAAAUCAUGAACGCCUGUUUACCCACCUGUGCAGAAGCUCUUUUGUGCCGUCACACAAUCCUUCGUCACCCGUAGGUAGACUAUAAGUGGUCCCUCCAUUUUCCUCAGGAAUAGAAAUGCGAGCGUAACACGAGUGCGCGCGUGAAAAUUGCCACCCGGGAGGAAGGUAAUACGCGGAGGGAAGAAAGCAUUUUCUCUCCUUCCUCCGCUCGCGUAUAUUUCGCUUGCUCAAAUAUCGCUAUUCGUAAUCUAUACUGUUGUACGAGGCCCCAAGAAAUGAGGCUGCUUAAGACACUGAAACUGAAUCUGCUUGAGGCGCACCUAAAAGCCGAAUAAAGGAAAACGAACUGUUCGUCAAAGGCUCUUUUGCAGGAUGAAACAGAAAGCUUGCAAUGACAUGUUGAAAAAAACUUUCCAGCCGAAGUGUUGCACAGUGUAACAAUAUAUCAUAUUUGACCGGAAAUAACACCAAAUUCGGCAAGGAAGCCGGUACUACCAACUCCGAGGUAUGGCCAGUACUUUACCCAUGGAAACAGCCAUAACACGCAGGCAGUGCAUGGUUGCACAGACUCUCGUCCCCAGCGCCCGUCGUUGGGUGGUUUUUGGAAAAAGAAUGGGCUGCACAUGGCUGCCUCUGUCCGGUUGAUAUUGCUGUGCGCAUGUGUAAAGUACAGUUGGUAGCAUUGUGGUUGUUUACCAUUUACAAGGACAAACCGGUCAGUUCACGGUUUGGACAAACAGUGAGAAAAACCGGGUGUGGUUAGUUUCAUAACGGAAUUAUAUUAACGAAACGCUUUUCUUCCCAGGCUUCCACCAACGCGACCAGUCACCCUUCAUCAAAAGGCGUUGUUCAUCCUUUGGUUAUCGGUGAUUCUUAUUUGGUCUUGUCUGAAGUGCAAACGUUACAUUUCCAUGUGGCGUGAUAAAUACGGCACCAAAAAAGAAGGAGACGAAGUAGAAACAGCAACGAAAGGUGAAGGAGAGGCGUACAGGGGCCAAUUGCAAACAUUUAAGACUUUUAUGAGACUUCUCUGAGCGGAGACCGGGUGUGGAUAACGGGUAUUAAUUGAUUUGAUCUGGGCAAGAAUUAUUUUUCCAAGGUUACUUCUGUGGUCAAAUGUUUUUACCUUUGUUUAUCCAUUUAUUUUUGAAAAUAUUUUCUCUAUUUUCCCUAUUCAUCUCUGUUUGCAGGAUAUUUCUGAAAUCAACCAACCCCGCCGUGGAAAAAAAAUUUAUUUUAUAGUUUAAAACCUUACUGUUUCGCAUAGUACAAAACCGCGAGCGGUCGACCCUCUUUCCUCAGCCAGGCCAAGCGCGGUGAUUGAAAAAGUAAAAUUAUGUAAGAAGGAGAGAUCGAGGCGGAGAGAGAGAGUGAGAGAAAGUUCCUUACGCGUGCUCUCGAUCUACUGCGACUGAAAGAAAAUCGCUUACCUGCAUUAGUAGGUAACGGUAUGGCUAGAGUUCGGAACCUUCUUUAGAAGCGAAAAAUUUGUGCAAAUGUCAUUUCCGUUAUAAUCAACCUCGUUCCCAGGGUUCUCUUUCUCUGGUCUCUACGGAGCAAGAGAGGAACGGGUAGGAGAGACGCCUGGGAACGAGGUUGGGUUAAAAUGUAUAUCCUGGAUCAGAGAAGCACUGGCCAAUAAGGCUACGGAGAUCGAUCACGUGUGAGCUCUUUUAUUUGUCAGUCGUACACGGUGUUGUAGCUCGUGACACCUAUGCUCUAACUAUGCUUGGUUUGCAAGCACGUGACAAGGCGGCCAUAUUGAUGUUCAAUACAAUAAAUACUUUAAUAAACACUUUACAUGAAAGUGGAGUUAAGAUGCCAGAGGAGAGGAAUGCCUUUAUCCUUGAUUCCCAACAUGGCCGCCGUGACGUACGUCAAGGUCACGUGCAAACCAGCAGUGAAAGGUGCUUGCUUUUUUCCAUUCCUUAUCAUUAAAAAUAAAGCAUUUUUGUCUUUUGUUUCUUUAGAAAAGGACAAUGUGUUAAUAUCUUUAUAUCCAGUUACCAAACACGAACGUAAGUAAAACGGCUUUUGUUCUUAUACUAACAACCUGUCCAAAUUGGAUGAGAGUCACUGACAGAGGUUUUUGUCAUUCUAAAUUAACCCUUCUGUCCUACUUCUCUCCGCACAGAAACAUUUACCUAAACAAAUUUACAUUAAUUACAAUACGUUAAUUUGUUUUGUUUUUUGCUUUCUUGCCUCAGUUUUUUUUGUCGAAUACCUGUGUUUGCUUCUCAGUUUUUGCUUCAUUCCUUGGCUGAUUUUCCCAAAUUAGGGUUUUUCUGAAAAUAAUUAUAACCAACGUAGGGUUUUUCUCGUCUUUUUCACAUAGUGCACUGACGAAACUCAUCAGAAACUUUUUCCUUCCUUAUUUCUAUAGAAAAUAUAAAUUCAGCUGUUGUUGCUUGCUUACUUGUUUCUUCCUCAACUUACAAGCUACCUUUUUUUUUAUUCCAGCCUCGGUAUCACGUUUUGGCCGAGGGGACGCGACGGAAGAGAGCACUGGCACGAGAAGUAUAUUUGAAAAACUUCUAGAGACUGAUCCUGAUCAGCCAUCAUUUGAAGAGUUUUUAACCAAAGCUGUCAUCUUCGGAGCCAUCAUGCUUUACUUUUGGCUCUGUGAUUAUCAACAUGUAUGGUAGGAAUCUCAAAGUACAGGAUAUAACAGUGAAUUAAAGGACAUUUCAUGAUGACAUGUUAUAUGGCCGUCCCCCUUAUUUUUAGACCAAACUGAGCCCCAAAGGGCCGAAAACAUGUUUUUGAGACCCCCCCUCCCCUAUCUCAGGGUCUGGAUGAACGCCAGUCAGUAAUAUGUAUCUUUUUAACAGUACAGUUAGUGUGAUGCCUCACAGGCUUUACUAACUCAAUAAAGGUAAAGUUACAUUUUCAUACUGCUCAAGGAAACGGGUCCAGUCACCAAACCCAACCUAAAAUUUACAAACUUUUAUUCUAGGCCGAAGACAAACAAACAGUACUCAAGAGACAUAUUUGUGUUCCUCUUCGCUUUGUUGGUGAUCGUAGCUGCAGUUUACACAACUCGCAAGACACCCGAAAAACUUGUCAACAGAGAUCAGACAGAAGAAUGGAAAGGAUGGAUGCAGGUACAGUUACGGAAAUGAAUCUCUCAUUGGGGCCAGAAACGAAAACUUUUUCAAACUGAUAUCACGGCAGCGUUGCAUAGAAAUUCCUGGUUGAGCCUGCCGCUAUCGACAGAGACUCAGCGUAUAUUCGUACCCAGUUGUGUGUUGGCUGUCUGGAACACGUUAGCGAACGUAGCUUUAAUCGCUACCGUUGACUUUUGGCGCUAACACAGAGGAUCAGACUGGGCUGAACUUCAGACCUUCCUUUAAGGCCUUCCUAUAGAUUGUUCAGAAUAUAAUUUUGUAUUCUUGUUCUCUGUUUUUAGCUAGGAUUUGCGGAUAAGAAUCGUCACCGGCUGUAAUUUGUAACUUGCGAGCUGAAGAACAUUAGAUGAUAUCUUGCCAAAACUAAAAAAGGUUUAUCGAUAAGAACCACGAAAGAGGCCUCAUGAAUUCAUUAAAAUUCGUUUUUAACUCUAUUUUUGUUUUUUUUUUGGAUUGUUUGUUUUGUUUUCAGGUUCAGUUUGUUUGGUAUCACUAUUUCGAUGCCCACGAGGUGUUUAAUUCCAUUAGAUGCUAUAUCGCUGCUUAUGUUUGGAUGACAGGAUUUGGUAAGAAAACUGAGAUCUUUCCUAAACCUUAAAAAAUAAUUUGAUAAACAGUUACAAACUUGUGUAUUUUCUUUGGCCUAAUAAAGGACCGUAAAGAUUAGUCUUUUGGAUUUGGAAACGAUACAACACCCGGUAUCCGUUAUAUAGUCAACUCUCUAUACACCUUGUAGAUCGGCACUAACUGUACGUCUUAAAGAGAUGUCCAUCUUAUAGAGAGUCAAAUAAAGGGGGUAAAGAAAGGCAAGGACCCCCAGGGGGGGUACUCUCUAUGAUGGCCUAUACCGGGAGGCUCCGCUCGAAAGCAGUAUCUUUUUCAGGCUUCAGGUAUAUGAAAGGGUAGAGAUUUCACUGGUUGAAGUAUAUACAGGGGUAGGGAAAUCUGUCAUUUGGGUCUGUGAAAGAGCUCAAUUUCAAAAGGGCUAACAGAUGAAUUUUAUGGGUCUAUAAAGUGGGGAAAACUUUUUUUUGUGAUUGAUUGCUAUUAAAAAGACAGUGCAUUUACGGCAGUUAAAAGGGAUGCAAAGUUCUAAACAAGGUACGUGACAGGGGUACCAUUUGUCAGUAGAAGGUAUACGAAAGGGGUACCUUUUCUUGAAAAAUGGUAUAUAAAAGGGUAAGGGGUUGGACCUCGGGGCGGAGCCUCCUCGUGUAAACAUUUGUGAGUACCCCUCCUGGGGCAAGGACCAACUCUAGGUGUCCGCCUUACAGACGUUACCAAAGAGAUUUUUUUAUUUCCUUGCUAGGCAACUUUUCCUACUUUUGGAUAAAGAAAGACUACUCACUUUUCCGUCUACUACGAAUGAUGUUCCGUCUUAACUUCCUCGUUGUCAUGGUGAUGGCAGUCACUAGAAACGAGUUUGUCCGGUAUUACGUGUGUGCUAUGCACACCUAUUGGUUUAUCACAGUUUACGUCAUGUUGGCAGUGUUCAAGUCACGCAACGAGGUAAAUAAUUUUCUCGCAUGAUUACAGUGUACCGGUAACAUCCACUAAAAAUGUUGACCCUUUUAAGUCCAAAAAGACGCUACAAGUAGGUGGAACAAUAAUUUCUUGCAAUAUCUCUCUCGUUUUUUAGAUUUAUUGUUCUGUUCACAUAAUUUCUCCUCAAAAUUAUGAAAGUACGCAUGUCAUAUUUAUUCGAUCAAGCGCCCUGGGCGCCUUGAAACGUUUGGACCUUGAGAAUGGGCGCCAACCUCGUCCCCAGGGCUUUUCCGUUAAAAAAGGGGAAGGGAAAGCCCUGGGGACGAGGUUGAAUGGGCACUUACUAAAUUUCGGCAAAAGUAAUUUUAUUUUGCAACAAAACGUGAAGAUGUUUCAAAGCAGAAUUAUUACUAUUCAUUGAACGUUUCUGUAAAAUACUAAGAAAACUACUUGGUCUCCAGAAAGUCUCUUAGUGGAACUUAGUCUAUUUCAAUCUCAUUGGCGACAGUUUGGUGGGGGCCCUUUAGUAGAGGGUGGGUGCUUAUUCGAGACUGGGCGCUUAAUCGAAUAAAUACGGUACAUACACGCACGUACACAUUUUAAGACAUCUGGAGCACGGGUAGAUCGUAAUUCUUUUCUCAAGACAGAAGCAUGGGGUUAUAUCCUUCUACUCAAGGUUACAGAAUAGAUCAAGCAAAAUUCUCGAGCAAGCGUCCCUUAGUAUAUCUCCUCACCUCGCGGGUGGCAGUUUCCCGCGAGACUCUACUCGUAGUUUACUAGUCAAGACUAGCAUUCUAAAUUUGAAUUUCUAAAGCUGUUAUAAUAAUUUUCUGCCCCUUAGAGUUCGGAAUAGUGCGUCAAAAUUUGCCUUGUAAUCAUUCACGUUGAACAGGUCCUACAACAGCUUUUAUCAUAGUUUAAGGUAUUGUCAAAAACUAAUCCUGAAUUAAAUAACUAACCCAAACUGAUUGUACGUUUUAGGGGCUAGGAAGAUGUUAUCUCUAUAUACUAUAAAUGUAUGAGGAUAUGAAAGCGAGAAAUAAAGCUUCAACUAAAUCAUGUUAUUUUUAACCUACUGUUAUUUUCAGAAUCGCUAUUUCAUGGCUGCUAAAUUUGUCGUCUAUCUGGUGGUCAACGCCUUAAUAUUCGAUAUUCCUGGAGCUCCCUAUGUGGUAUUCUGGCCAUUCCAGUUCAUAUUGAACGUUAGAGGCAACUUACGAUACUGGGUCUACAGAUCAACGUAAGAAGCUAGUGUUGCUAUUUACUUUUGAUUUUCCCUUUCAAAUUUUGUCUCCUCUUGAUUUCACCUUUCACUGAGCUUUAACUGGUUUAGAGAAACGUACUGUAAAUUCUGCACUUUGACCUAAGCCAGUUACCUAGCUUAUUUGCCUUUUUUAUGAUUCGAGUAGUAUAGCAGGGACCGCAUGAACCCUUGUUUGAAGGUUGAUAUGUUUUUGGUGAAAAGGAAGACUGACGUCGCGUCGAUGAUGUCAUAUAGAUAUAUAAACUAGUAAUAACCAAAGGUUACAAAGUGAGGACGACAACGAUCGAAGGUCAAAACGCUUUUGCUCCAGCGUUGUGCUUUGCGUGAGUUUCACGUGAAAGAUGGUCAAAACACGCGUGAUCAGAUUACGAGUGAUACAAGGUCCAAACGCGCGUGAUCAAAGUGCAUUCCAUACAUUCUUAGUGGAAGUCCAAACGAAUGCUGGCUACAUACAUGUGACGCAUACGUAAUAACAACCUAGAGAUUAGGGUCGCGGGCUCCUUUUGUCGCCCGCAAUAACAUGCACAACACAGAAUCGAAAAGCUUUAAGAAAUAGAGGUGCUAAAACACUUCUCUUGUAUUUCUCAGGCUUGAUCAUUGGGCCACUUGGGUGGGAAUGUUAUGUGCGUAUAACUACCCGUACAUUGAUCGGUUUCUUCAUUUCUUGGACAAGAAACAUGAAAACAGGCGAACGGCGCAGGUAGCCAUUCUGCUGAAAAUCUGGAUCACAGUCGCACUGUUUGGCGUCUUGGUGAUGUGGUUCCACUUUGUUUUAAUGCAAGAGCGAGAGUACUACAAAAUAAUACAUCCUUACACAUCGUGGAUCGCUAUUCUUAUUUAUCUGUGGUUCAGAAAUCUUCAUCCUUCCUUUCGAUCCCACUAUCUUGGUUUGUUCAGCUGGCUGGGGAAAAUCACUCUCGAGACCUACUUAUCACAGAUUCAUAUCUACAUGAUUGGGAAUGCACAAAAAAUACUUAUUUACUUACCGAGAUAUCCCAUGCUGAACUUCAUGUUAGCCACCGUGAUUUAUGUGGCGGUUUCGUACGUUCUUUUUCAUCAAACUUUAUUUUUUAACACUUAUAUUUUUCCUAAGAAUAUGGCCAUUAUUUGCAAAAAUCUUAUAGUGGGUACAGUAUGGUUAGGACUUUGUUAUUUGCUUUCUUUUAUUUUCAAUAUCGUAGUGAUAUGGUAA